CCGCCGGAGAAAGAACGACCAAUAACAUUUCUGGAUGUUGGAAUGCGAAACGCCUUCUGGGACAAUCCAGUUGAAGUAUCAUCAUCGGGGCGCUGUACAGCCAGACUGAGAGAUGGAGGAUUUUGACGAUCCAGACUAUGUCCCACCAAAUGAUGAGAUGGCUCCGUGCAAAAUAUGUGGCAGAACCUUUUUCUCCAAAGUUCUUCAGGCCGGUUUCUGCCUGGCUAUCUGUAAUCAGCCCUUCCCACACUGCCAUAUCCUUGCAGAAGAAGCAUACGCCCAUCUGUCAGAAGGCAGCAGCCAAGAGGAGGAAGGUGUUUGAUUCUGGCAGGCAGAGGGCAGAGGGAACUGAAAUCUCGACUGUAAAACCUUUGAAGCCUAAGUCACAAAGCACAUCCAGCACUCCUAAGUCUAAUAAACCGGAGCCGCCCAAGAAACAGUCCAACUGGCGCAGGAAGCAUGAAGACUUCAUCGCAACGAUCCGAGCAGCCAAGGGGCUCACUCAAGUGAUGAAGGAUGGAGGUCCGCUGCCCCCUCCACCUCCUCCAUCCUAUGAUCCAGAUUACAUUCAGUGUCCAUACUGUCAGAGAAGGUUCAACGAGUCUGCUGCCGACCGACACAUUAAGUUCUGUAAGGAGCAGUCUGCAAGGAUCGCCAAUAAGGCAAAGCUUCCAGGAGGUGAUGCCAAAGGGAAACUCCCGGCUCGAAGCCAGUGCAAGCCCCCUCCAGUGAAGAAGGCCAAUUCCACAGUGACGUCCACUUUGCCUGCCUCUUCACGGCUACCACAAAGGUCCAUGUCUGGUCCCACAGCAGGCACAGGCAUUCCUACAGGCAAAGCAUCUUCUGCUGGAGCAGUGAGGACUGUCGCAUCUGGGUAUGGGCAGAUUCGCACCGGACCUACAGGACUGACAAGCCCACCGUCUGGAAUUAACCCAAAACCCAGAAGUGUUGGAACAGCAGGAUCUGUCAAGAAUGCAUCCUCUGGGAUUGCAAUGAAAAACAGAAGAGGCUACAAUUCAGAGAUCCACAAUUCAAGGAAUGAUGCCCAGACUGUUAAUGAGGUGGACAACUCAAUAGGGCAGCUGACAAAAUUCUGCCAUGAAUGUGGCACAAAGUACCCCGUGGAGUGCGCCAAGUUCUGCUGCGAGUGUGGGGUGAAACGAAUGUGCAUUUAGCUGUGCGAGGCGAGCAGAAUGGGAUGGGUGCACAUCGAAAGAGACUCAAGUUGCUGAAAUUAAUUACUUAAAAUACUAAACUCGAAUGUGCUAGCACAUUGCUCUCAUUCAGACACUAUGAAGCGCUAGACAGAUCACUCCUUUUCUGAAAUUUUAACCUUCUCAUUUUUUGCUGAAAUUUAAUUGCUCCCAUCCCAUGAUUCCAUAGCUAAUGUAUUGAGUGCAAUAUGAUUGACUACUGAUCAAAAUAGUAUUUUUUGUCCAGGUUGGUGGGUGGACCUAGAUAUGAGAAACUUUAGGUCUAAAUUUCAAAUGGGACCAUGAAUUAUAUUGAAUUGUAUGCCCUCAUGUAGCAAACGUCAGUUCUUUUCGUCUGGGAUAUGACAACUGUUUGAAUUAAGAUGCGGUCAACUAAGUUAUUAUUUAUGAUAUUGUUUCACAUUUAUAUUUUUAAACAUAUUGUGACAGAUAAAUGAUUUCAUAUUCAGCUUACCAAUCUUAUUUUGUAUAUAUACGUUUUGUACCAUUUCUUUAUGCUAUGUUAGCUGAUAUCUGUUUUUAUUGUACCAGUAUUGCAAAACAUUUCACAAUGUUUACCCUACAUUUUCCACACAAAUGCUGUCCAUCAGAAAGCCUUCCUUGCAAUCAUACAUAAGCCUAACUUUCCCACAGCUACUGCUCACAUUUCCAACAGAAAGACAAGUCGGUUGAGUAACUGACUGCAUGACUGAUCACAAUUACGCUUUUUUGUGGCAACUUGGUCCAAAGAGGUGAUGGAACUCAAGCGUCAAUUUGCUGUACACUCGUGUAACCUUUGUAAGUUUGUGGUAUCUGAAUUAAGGUCAACAUGCUUUCAUGGAAAAAAGAUGGCCAAAGGUUGAAAAUACACUGCAUUUCAAAAAAUCUGUUAUCACCAUAAAUAAAAAUAAAUAAAAAAAGAUACACAUAC